CAGUGUUCCCCCAGAAAUUCCGAAUACCCCGGACGACGCAGAAGCCAGCAUGUGACGACGGAAGCUCAUCCAGGGGCGUGCGGAGAACAAGAUGCGUUGGUAAGACUUACGGAACUUAGUUAAAACUGCAAGCGUAGCAUGACUCCUCCAGCUUCCAGUAUCUAGCCGCUAAAUCUUAAAAAAGCUAUUCUGAGUAGAGCAAACCAGGUGCUUGAUGAAAUGCCCGUUACAAAUACUUUCUUUACCUCUCGAGUCUUUUGACUGGAUUUAAAAUGCGGGUCUUGCUAAAGAUUGCUCGUUAUCAUCAAAGCUUGGCUUCACCUCUAAUUUUUAAAUUCUCUCCUCCAAAGAUUGCAGCGCUCUGUAAUCUCUACUGUGACUUUUCUAACGUGGUUUAUUCAGCAGAGCUGCCUGAUUGGUUUAGGUUUGGGGAGGGCGAGCAAGCUUGUGACUUGGAUUCGGAAGAUGAUUUCUUGCUUCCCACACAAUUGGAGAUUUUGGAAGGUGGGUCUGGCAGUGGAAAGGUCAGGAAACGCGAGGGUUUUAUUGGGAAUGAAACUUCUGAAGCUUUUGAUGUUGAUGUGGAACAAAUCAGCAAUGUUCUGAAGGUAAGCCACAGUUCUCCGGAGGAAGUUUUCAUGAUUCUGAGCAAUUACUCUCCAAAGGUCUCAAAGGAGUUGGUAGACAGGAUAUUGAAAAGGUUUGGCAAUGAAUGGAUUCCUUCCUUGGGUUUCUUCAGGUGGGCCGAAUCUCAAAUGGGAUAUAACCACUCGCCUGACUCCUAUGAUUUGAUGGUUGACAUAUUGGGCAAGUCAAAGAAAUUUGACAUAAUGUGGAGCUUGGUUGAAGAAAUGAGUCGACUCGGAGGAUUAAUAACGUUAUCGACGAUGAUGAAGGUCAUGAGAAGGCUAGCUGGAGCUGCUAGAUGGAAGGAAGCCAUAAGAGCCUUUCAUGGCAUGGAAAGAUUUGGUGUUAGCAAGGACACAGUGGCUAUGAACAUUCUGUUGGAUUCUUUGUGCAAGGAGAGGAGUGUUAUCCGUGCUAAAUACGCCUUUUUGGAUCUAAGAACAGAUAUAGCUCCUAACGCUACCAGUUUUAAUAUAUUGAUUCAUGGAUGGUGCAAAGCAAGGAAAUUUGAAGAAGCUUGGCAGACUUUGGAGGAAAUGAAAGCAUUCGGUUUUGCGCCUUGUGUGAUUACGUAUACCAGUUUGAUUGAAGCUUACUGUUUGGAAAGAGAUUUUCAGAAAGCUGAAGCUGUUGUUGAUGAGAUGAGAGCUCAGGGAUGCCAGCCUAAUGUCAUAACCUAUACCAUCAUAAUGCAUUCUUAUGGAAAGGUGAAGGAAACUCAAGCAGCUUUUUCGGUUCUCGCUAGGAUGAAGAGUGAUGGUUGUCUGCCUGAUGCUUCAGUUUACAACUCUUUGAUUUACACGUUGGCUAGAGCAGGUCAGUUAAGAGAAGCCUAUAAUUUAUAUGAGGAGAUGCAAAAAAGUGAAAUUUUUCCAAAUGUGAAAACUUUCAAUACCUUAAUUUCAGCUGCCUGUAAUCAUUCUCAGGAGGAGCAGGCCCUGAAACUCCUGGUGAGAAUGGAAGAAAGCUCAUGCAAGCCAGAUAUAAUGACCUAUACUCCCUUACUUAAGCUUUCAUGUAGAAGAAAAUGGAUGAGAGUUCUUUUGUAUUUGUUGGGUCGCAUGUUUAAGAGGGAUAUCAGCCUGGACCUUGGAACCUACACGCUUCUGGUGCGUGGGUUGUGUAGGACAGGGAAGGUGGAACAUGCAUGCAUAUUUUAUGAGGAAAUGAUAUUAAAAGGUUUCAUUCCUAGGAGUCAUUCAAGUGCUAUGCUGAUGGAAGCACUUGGAAGGAAGAAUUUGGAUGCUGCGAAGUCGAGGGUUCAGAAGUUGAUGUUAAAGGCACAGAAUAUGCGGCGACUUACAAAUUACACAGAUACGAAAUAUAUCAUUGGAGAUACGGAAAGCAGGGUUUUGGACAGACCAUGGUGGUGAAGAUGAUGGGCAGAAUAGAAUAGUCUCCUGCGCAGAAGAAUUGAACUCGCCAUGACAACCAACUUCAGUUUCUAAUUUUGAAUCCGUUUGGAGACGUUUGAAGGUGUCGAGAAGUUGGUACGCCGCCGGACUUCUGGCCGGGAACUUCCCCUCCGAUAGCUGCGUCGCCGUGAGUGUGGGUAGAGGGGAUUCGAGCUCUCGAUCUCGACCGUCGGUGAGUAAUAAUAAUCGAAUCGGGUUUGUGUGUUGCGGCGCGGGUUGGGUAACCUUGGUUAGAGGAUGGAGUAUAC